AUGGACAUCCCUCCGCCCCCGCCGCCGUCAGACCCAAUACCACCGCCCCCACCGCCCUCGGAUCCGAUACCACCUCCACCACCAACCUCUGAUGCAGUCCCGCCCCCACCUCCGAGCGAAACAAAUGGAGUCAACGGCCACGAUGAAGAGCUUGCGCCGACGCUGGUGCUGCCAAACAAGAAGCGAAAGCUCGAAAACAAGCUCAAGGUAGCACCCUUGAGCGUAGAGGAGAUACUUGCGCGGAAGAAGGCCCAGGAUGCUGAAGCUGCAAAGCCCAAGUUUCUGUCCAAGAAGGAGCGCGAGAGGCUUGCGAAGGAAAAGGCUGAGAAAGAAGCUGCUGUAGCUAAGCAGAACAGUACGCCAGCUGUUCAGCCUGCGACCAACGGACACAGCAAUCCGCCAGCAGGUCCGAAGUCUAUGCGCAAUGGAAACAUCCCACGAGGCCCUUCUGCUAUGAAGCAGCUUCCCAACAAGGGCUACGACAUGCAGCCACCGCCACCUCCCAAGUCCGUUGCGAUAGUUGAGGGAUCGAAGUCGAACAAGAAGCAACAGAGUGAGAGCGAAGUGGAGGCUGAGAUGGUCAAGAACCGUUACAUGGGUGCGGAUACAAACUUGUCGACCUUCUCUGCGAAAAAGAAGCGAAAGAGGACGACCGAGAAGAAAUUCAACUUUGAAUGGAACGCAGAAGAAGAUACCAGCCCCGAUUACAACCCGCUCUAUCAAACUCGCACUGAGAACAACUUCUUCGGCAGAGGGCAGCUGGGUGGGUUUGCAGAUGGUGCGUUGGACUCGGCCAAUAAAUAUGCACAGGCUAUUGCACAGCGGGACAAGGUAGCUGGUAGUCAAAGAGCUGCUGAGAUUCUGGAGAUGGAGAGAAAGAGGAAGGAAGAGGGAGGCCGAAAUGGCAUCGACAAGCACUGGAGCGAGAAGAAGCUGGAGAAUAUGCGCGAGCGCGACUGGCGUAUCUUCAAGGAAGACUUUAAUAUCGCCACCAAGGGUGGUUCGAUACCGAAUCCAAUGCGAAGCUGGACGGAGUCUGGUCUGCCUAAGAGGUUGCUCGACAUCGUAGACCAGGUUGGCUACAAGGAUCCGUCUCCUAUUCAGAGAGCUGCGAUUCCUAUCGCUCUGCAGUCGCGAGAUCUCAUCGGUGUCGCUGUCACUGGUUCCGGUAAAACAGCUGCAUUCUUACUGCCACUUCUGGUCUACAUCUCCGAAUUGCCAGCAUUGGAUGAGGUCACCAAGAACGAUGGUCCGUACGCCAUCAUCCUCGCACCAACACGUGAACUGGCACAGCAGAUCGAACUCGAGGCGAAGAAGUUUGCAACACCUCUCGGAUUCAGGUGUGUGUCCCUUGUGGGUGGUCACAGUAUCGAAGAGCAGAGCUACAACAUGCGAGACGGUGCCGAGAUCAUCAUCGCUACGCCCGGUCGUCUCGUCGACUGUAUCGAGCGACGUGUCCUCGUCCUGAGCCAAUGUUGUUACAUCAUCAUGGACGAAGCAGACAAAAUGAUUGACAUGGGAUUCGAAGAGCCAGUCAACAAGAUCCUCGAUGCCCUGCCAGUCUCGAACGAGAAGCCCGACACUGAAGACGCCGAAAAUGCAGAGGCCAUGGCACAACACCUCGGCGGCUACCGAUACAGACAGACAAUGAUGUACACAGCCACCAUGCCUCCCGCCGUCGAACGCAUCGCCCGUAAAUACCUACGCCGCCCCGCCCAAAUCACCAUCGGCAACGUCGGCGAAGCCGUCGACACCGUCGAACAACGCGUGGAAUUCGUCCAAGGCGAAGACAAGCGCAAGAAACGGCUCAACGAACUCCUCCACUCGAACGAAUUCGCCCCACCGAUCAUCGUCUUCGUCAACAUCAAACGCAACUGCGACCUCGUCGCCCGCGACGUCUCCCGCAUGGGCUUCUCCAGCGUCGCGCUGCACGGCUCCAAAACCCAAGACCAGCGAGAAGCCGCGCUCGCCGCCCUCCGCAACGGCACCACGGACGUCCUCGUCGCGACGGAUCUCGCCGGACGCGGAAUCGACGUGCCGGACGUCGGGCUCGUGGUCAACUUCAACAUGGCGACGAAUAUCGAGAGCUACACGCAUCGUAUUGGUCGGACGGGUCGUGCGGGCAAGCAGGGUGUGGCGAUUACGUUUUUGGGCGGCGAGGAUAAUGAUGUGUUGUAUGAUUUGAAGCAGAUGAUUAGCAAGAGUGCGAUUUCGAGGGUGCCGGAGGAGUUGAGGAAGCAUGAGGCCGCGCAGCAGAGGACGAAGGGGAGGAAGGAGAAGAUUGAGGAUAGUGGGGGGUUUGGGGGGAAGGGUGGGUGGUAG